AUGUUAGUUGGAAUAUCCGGUACGCUAAGUUCUGGCAAGACCGAGGUGGCACGGUACUUGACAUUCCAAGGGUUCAAAGUGAUUUCGUAUCUACCCUCUGCUGAGCUAGAGGAGAACCAUGUGGCAUGCACACCGGAGUCCGAGGAGGUUAACCAGGAAAUGGUACAAUUGGCCAUACGCGACUACUCGCGCAUGGAGAAUUACAAGACGUUUAAGGAAUUGGGCGACUUGGUGGAUUUCGUGACUGUUAAUUGGCGCGAUAACUACGUGAUUACCCACAUUAACGAUUUGACAAUGCUCAAGGCUUUGCAGAAACGGCCAUUUUUUUUGCACAUUUCCAUAGAUGCCCCCAUAUACGUGCGGUAUAAACGUUCGCGCCAAUACCACAAGACCUUGGACCAAUUCGUGAUGGAGAAUGACGCGGCGUUGUUCAAUGCCAAGUCGUCGUUGUUGGAGAUCAAUAACCAGGCCCAGGUCAAAAUCAUCAAUACGUCGACUUCCAUCAAGGAUCUUUUCAUCAAAUUGUCCGAGGUCAAUCUUCUCAACCCCUCGAGAUUGCGGCCGACGUGGGACUCCUACUUUAUGCGGUUGGCGGACUUGGCUGCUCUUCGAUCGAAUUGCAUGAAGAGACGAGUCGGGUGUGUCAUUGUGCGUGAAAAUCGAGUUGUUGCCACGGGUUACAAUGGGACCCCGCGCCAUUUGCCCAAUUGCAACGAAGGCGGGUGUCUGAGAUGCAAUGAGGGCCAAGGCGAUGGCAACUUGCUAUCUACUUGUCUCUGCUUGCAUGCCGAAGAAAACGCCCUUUUGGAGGCUGGAAGAGAUCGAAUUCGCGAAGACAGUGUAUUGUACUGCAACACUUGCCCCUGUUUAACUUGCUCAAUCAAGAUUGUCCAAAGUGGGAUCAGGGAAGUUGUUUAUGCGCAGAGCUAUUCCAUGGAUGAAAAGAGCCACGAUGUUAUGAGCACCGCCAAUAUCACGUUACGACAGUAUCAACCUCCAAUAGACGGUAUAUUUAUUUAG